AUGGCUACCGAUCUCUGCCCCGUCUAUGCCCCCUUCUUUGGUGCGAUGGGCUGCACGUCAGCCAUCGUCUUCACAUGUUUCGGCGCCGCCUACGGCACAGCUAAGGCUGGCGUUGGUAUCUCGGCCAUGGGUGUUUUACGACCGGAUUUGAUCGUCAAGAACAUCAUCCCCGUCAUUAUGGCUGGUAUCAUUGCGAUCUACGGUCUGGUCGUAUCGGUCUUGAUCUCGAACGACCUGGGACAGAAGACCCCAUUGUAUACCAAUUUCAUCCAACUCGGCGCCGGUCUGUCGGUCGGGUUGGCGGGUCUUGCCGCCGGUUUCGCUAUCGGCAUCGUCGGUGAUGCUGGUGUGAGAGGUACCGCACAGCAGCCGCGGUUGUUCGUCGGCAUGAUUCUGAUCCUCAUUUUCGCCGAAGUCCUGGGUCUGUACGGUCUGAUUGUAGCCCUACUCAUGAACUCGAGGGGUAGUCAGGACGUCUCCUGCUAG